CGUUCCGAUUUUAGCCACGCGCCAAAAGAUCCUUGUCGCACUGUGCGCACAGUUUUUUAUAAUGCUUCUUCAUAUUCAUUCCGUGCAUGUCGUGCAUGUGCAUGUGCAUUGUGCAUAGAAUGAAGUAGGAUACUCCGUGUUCGGUAGGUACUCGGUUUGGUUACCCACAGAGUUGAUAAUGAUAAAUAUACUGGCGUUUCUAGUUUCUAUAAAACGUAUUAAUUGAUUAUAUUGAUCUCUUUGCUUCGCCUGCCUGGUUGUUCCUUGCUAGCUGCUCGAGGUACCUAAAAGUUAAAACAAGAGAAGCCUUGAAAAUGCGGUGUUUUGUGCCUUUCUGCAAAAACACUUCGGACAAUGUAACCACAUCAGAGGGGGAUAAGAGGAUUAGUUUUCAUCGUUUUCCCAGUGAAAUGCAUCUCCGUGUUUCUUGGCUUAGAGCCCUCGGCAAACAAGACAACUUGCCCGACACUGCUGUGGUAUGCUCACAGCAUUUUCUGAAUGAAGACAUUUAUGAAACGGAAAGUGGUUUAAGGCAAAUUGGUCCUGGUGCUAUUCCUUCAACAGUGCAGGUAUGCGUAAUAUGCCUAGACACUGACAGUAAGCUGUUUCUCAUGGGUAAACACAAAUUGAAAGAUGCAUAUGAAAAGUUAACUGGACAUCCUUUGUGUGAUCAAGGAAACCUAAAACAAACACUCUGCGUGCAAUGUGUGCACAAAUUGAUAAACUUUAGUAGAUUUAGGGAGAAGAGCUUGAGAGCCCGUGCACUGAUGAUGGACUUAGUUGAAAAACAUGAAUUGAUAACAAGACGACAUAUCAAAAUGAUAAACCGCACAAAACACCAACUAAAGAGUAAUAUGGUGAUGACAAUGCUAGAACCUGACCACUGUGACUUACACAUACUAGAAAACAUCUCAGAAGACGGUCAACCAGAAUUAGAGGAAACUAGACAGAUUAUAGUGAAAAACGAAGAUAGUGAUGACUCUAUGUCGGUUGAUGAGGUCAUGGAAGUGAUCAAUGAAUAUGACAAUUUUACAGACAGUGUCAAAGAGGAGUUUGUAGCUAGUGAUGAUGACAAAUCUAAGGACGAUGACGUCGAUGGCGAAUGUGACACGUCGCUAGUAUGCAAUCCUCAUACAGCUGCGAUCUCUAGCUCUUCACACUCUUCACUCAUCACUGAGAACAGGCAGGCAGAUUCCAGCUCUCCCGCACUCGCGGCGCAGGCCUCUGUCGCUCCUCUGUCUGCGAGACUUGCGACAGAUAAUGAAGACAAAGAGCCAGAAAAUGGAUAUACCGAUGCAGUGCGGGAAAGUAACCCAAUAUUCGAAAUUGACAAUGACGAAAUCGAAAGCCAAACAUCAGAUAUCAGUUGUAAAAGGAAUAUAAACAUUAAUAAAUUAACAAAUUGCAUAGUUAAAUUAUACGACGUUUUCAAAUCCCCUAUGAAAUGUGUCAACCGGAAUAUUGCGUCUAAAGAUAUCAGUUAUCAUGCAACAAGUCAGAAUGAAGUCCCUACAAGAGAACACGUUGAACCAGUUAUUAAUGCAGAAAAAGUAAUUGUAUCGAAAACUUUUCAAAGCAAAAUGUGUAAACGAAAAAGUCUCUUAGUUAAACAUAUAAAAACUCACGCUGAAGUAACGUGGUUCACAUGCAAGAUUUGCCAGUACAAAUGUAAAUAUCAAAGCCGUUUGAAGAGGCAUAUGCGAAUUCACACGGAUGUAAAACCUUUUACGUGCAAGUUAUGUGAUUACAAAUCUGCAUACAAUAGCAGUCUAGUGAGGCACAUGAGGACCCACACUGGUGAAAAGCCAUUUAUUUGUACGUUAUGUGAUUACAAAUGUGCACAAAAUAACCAUCUAGUGAGGCACAUGAGGACCCACACUGGUGAAAAGCCUCAUUAUUGUAAAUUAUGCAAAUACAAAUCUGCCACUAAAGGUGACUUAGUAAGUCAUAUGAGAACUCACACUGGCGAAAAGCCAUUCAAUUGUAAAUUAUGCAAAUACAAAUCGGCCACUAAAGGUAACUUAGUAAUUCAUAUGAGAACUCACACCGGCGAAAAGCCAUUUAAUUGUAAAUUAUGCAAAUACAAAUGUGCCAAAAAUAGUGGCUUAGUAACUCAUAUGAGAACUCACACUGGCGAAAAGCCAUAUUUCUGUAAGAUAUGCGAGUACAAAUGUUCGUAUAGAAAUAAUCUAAUAGAGCACAUGAGAACCCAUACUAGUGAAAAGCCAUUUAAUUGUACGUUAUGUGAUUACAAAUCUGCACAGAAUGGCAGUCUAGUGAAGCACAUGAGAACCCACACUGGUGAAAAGCCAUUUAUUUGUGGGUUAUGUGAUUUUAAAUCUGUAAGCAAUAGUAAUCUAGUGGCGCAUAUGAGAACCCACACUGGUGAAAAGCCUCAUUAUUGUAAAUUAUGCAAAUACAAAUCUGCCAGAAAUAGCGGCUUAGUAAAUCAUAUGAGAACUCACACUGGCGAAAAGCCAUUUAUUUGUACGUUAUGUGAUUACAAAUCUGCACACAAAAUCAGUCUAGUGAAGCACAUGAGAGCACACACUGGUGAAACGUCUUCACCAUAUUCGUGAUUCGCACCUCUCACUCCGUUACUGGGGAAGGCUCAGGAGAUAAUCUUUACAACUGCAGCCAGUGUUUAGUGUGUUUUGUGUAGGGUACAUGUAUAAAAUCGUGAAGUUGGUAGGUAGGUAUAAGGAUAGAUGGAUAGGGCGGAGCGCUUUGGGAUACCCUGACCAAACGCAGAUAUAAUAAGUAAUUUCAUUUUAAUAAUAAUAAGCAUUGAUUUGUAUUUUAAUUACUGUAUACUUACCUAUUUAAUAAUAAUUGCAAUAGAUAUUAGGUUUAUUAAGGACGGACCGUAUUACAGCGGCGCUGCGAAGUGCUGCACAUCGCGGCAAAAAGCGUCAAAAUAUUGUUUCAAUAAUUUCUUCGUAGGUAGUAUAACAGUUCCAAAAGGAUCUUUUGGUACUUGAAUGACAUUGACAACUACAUAUGAACGGAAAUAAAUGAUUAUGAAAAUUU